UAACCGUCGGUGCACUUGAAGAAGACCCAAUCAUGGAUACCAAAAAUCCCGAACAGCCUGCCCCUGCUGCUCCGCAUCAUCAUGAGUGGUCCAGCUCAUUCUGGGACUGUUUCUCUCCCACUGAAACCUGUCUCGUCGGCUGGUGUGCACCAUGCUGCCUGUUCGGCAAGACCCAAUCUCGCCUCCAGGAUCCCGCUCUGAAGGAGCACAAAUACGUCAACGGCGAUUGCUGCCUCUACGCGCUCUCCAGCUACUGCGGCCUCUACUGGGUCCUGCUUAUGAUCAAACGAGGCCAACUCCGUGAGCGGUUUGGAAUCCAGGGCUCCGCGUUCCAAGAUUGCUGGCAGUCCUGCCUCUGCCCUUGCUGCACGCUGGUGCAGAACGAGAAGGAGGUUGAGGUUCGGUCGAAUAAUAUUCAGGUUGGGUAUCAGCCUCCUUCGGAAAUGGCUUAUCCCCAGUAAUGUUUGUUGCGGUCAGGGUUUGUCGGUUCAGUCAUAAUAGUGCUAAUUGUAAUAAGAGUAAUGGUAAUCCUGAUUGAGUUC